CUUCAUAAAACGGCUUCCUAUACUUUGUUGCGUAGUUGUAGUAUAAAAUGAUAGGAAAACAAAGAAGUCAGUUCGUUGAAGAGAUAGUUUCUACGGGUUUUCAAUAAAAAUAAUUAGUGAAGAUUGUGUGAAUAUUAGAAGUUUUCGGACAGCGUUUCCAAUAGUUCUGUAUUUAAAAUUUUUAUUUCGGCCGUUACGUAUCUACAUAAAAAGUACUAUAUAAGUCCAGUCCUUCUUAUGCGAUGAUACAGUGAUACAGAAGAGCCGGAAAACGUCGCUAAGGAAACAGUUUAAUAAAAUAAGAUAUGUAGAGGGCUUUUUUAUUGCAAUCAAAGUUUUAAAAAAGAUUUUUUUAAACUAAAUUAAAUUAUUCGUAGUUAAUAAUGGUGUUAUUCACACUGGGUGAACCAAUUUGAAUGUGAUUUAUUUACGUAUUGAGGGUAAACGCAAGUUUUUUAGAAACAAAUCGCGGGAAGACGUUCGCAAUGUUGCUAGUUAAAAAAUUCAAGUAAUUUCAUCGAAUACAUAGCGGCGCGAAACUUCAGCAUCCACUACAGUUAUACCACAAUCUAGGGUUAUACAAUAACUUAUUUAAGAACGCGACAAAUUGCUUAAGCUGCCCACUUAUCUGCUGACCACUCUACUCCUCGAUAAGACAAGAAAAGAAGUGUUCGAAUGAAGCUGAUUUGCCAGUCUUCGGCCCGCCCAGCCUUCGCUCCGCCUACUGGAUUGGGCGGCGGUGAACUAGCGGGUUGCGGCAGUACGUUGCUGAUCCUACCGGAAGAUUGUUGCUUUGCAUUGAGUUCCUGUAUACGAAACUCUUUGCCUUGUUGUGAAAAAAAAAUAAAAACUGAUCAUGAGUUCCGUGCAAGAAGAGAAAGUACCUACAGAGACGUCAAACAAAACUCACGUACGGGAUAUACGGAACACAGAAUUGGUAUCGCGACUUUUGGCCGCUACCCCUCCAUAUCUAUAUAGCGCUUUACCACUACAACCGCAUGCCUUCUUCUUCAGUGAAAUGUUAAGGUCCUUCGUCAACGCACGGCAUGGUUGUAGACCCCCUCAUUACCAACGCCGUUUCAAACGUCGAACGCAUAAAUAUUUUGCCGAGAACGAAACAGAUUGGCGUCGAGAAUGGCCGAAGCAGGAGGAAGAGAAGAAAGAGCACGAGCCACGACCGGAAGUACCGCUAGAAUUAACUGUAGAAAAACACGCUAGGAUUCAAGAUUCUUUGUCUAGAAGUUUGUCACCAAAACCAGAUCUUGCAAAAUCGAGCGGCAGUCCUGGUCCUCCGGGAAGACAGUCUACCUUUGUCGAUGUCGGCACCGAAGAGCUACCAAAGCCCGCUCCAUCUGCUGGUCGGAAUACAACUGACAGUGGCCUUCCUCCUUCCAACUUAAUCUUGCCUCCGCCGCCACCAAUGUGGUACCCUCCGUUAUACAAUCCCCAAUUCGGUGUUGAUCCUCUGAACUUCUUUAUAGACCUACGAGUUUCAGGUCAUAUUUACGAUAGAAAACGGGUCGCGCCUGACAAUGUUGAUGUUAGUCAAACCGACGACCCUGAAAAGCGUUUGGGUCGCGACUUCGGGAGGAGACAUCUGUCUGCUUUCUCCGUGCCCGUAAGGUCCAACAACGGUACGCCCGAUAAAAUUUUCAAUCAAAAUAAAAUUGGGAAGGCGAACGGCACUUCGUAUGUUAUGAAGAAUUUAAAACGGGUCUAUGAUAACCUGAAUAAUGUGCGUGACACUGAAGGCUCGAAGGUCAAUAACGAUGAUGAAGACAGAGAUGAGAAACUCGAGUCAUCGGAUGUUGAAGAUGAUGUGAUUGACUAAAUGUUCUAUUAUUUAGAAUCUUCCACCACAUUAACAUCUUGCUGCAACAGUUAGAUGUAAAAUUUCGUAGAAUUGUUAUCUUUGAUGUAGGUAUGUACAUGGAAUUUACGAUUAAACUCGCUUUAUGAGAUAGCAUAAUAUUAAGUGCUGAGCUCUGUAUGUACUAAUCUUAACCUUAAGAACCUUAAGACCUCAAUUUUGUUCGUCUGAAUUAUUAUCUUAUUAAUUGUUUAUAAGUAUAUAAGUUAAAGUACCUAACUCAGUCAUUUGUACCAUACUUUACUAAUUAAAUCACUAACUUUGUACUUAGUUUAGUGAUCGCGUUGUAAAAUUUACUGUUGUUUUUUAAUUUUCAUUACAUACCUAUAACAAUUAUAGGUAUGUAAUGAAAAUAAAAAAACUGAUUGUAGUUACAUACUACUAGUAACAUAUAUUGGAGCACUUUAAUACAAUUUUAUUGUAAAAUAUAAAUAAUAUUCUUUUAUAGUUUGAAAUUAAUGAUUAAUUCUUCACACUCAUUGUUCAUUCAUGUGAUUGAACGAGAACUGAACGCAUCACUAUUACUUUAAAUAUAGCAACAUUAUUUCACAAAGUGACAUUAGCUACUGUCAGCUAGCUUCGUCUAAUUAAAAAUCCGACUAUAGCUUCGCGCUCUUUUUAAUGAAGGGCUUACCCAUAGAUUAUACACUUAUGAUCUCACCUUAAAUGUCUAGUCAAAGAGAUUUCAUUGAAAUCAAUCCUAAUAUUACGUAAUCAAAAUUUUCAAUUUACAAAAUUAAAAAAAAGGCUUUGUUAUUUUCAAGUUAUAUAUUAAAAUUAUUCCAAACUAAA